UCCCGUGGCCUCCGUCGCCAUGAAGACCCUGCCAUACUUCUGCCGAGGAGAGGUGGUGCGAGGCUUCGGGCGCGGCUCCAAGGAGCUGGGCAUCCGCACAGCUAACUUUUCUGAAGGAGUGGUUGACAGUUUCCCAUCUGAUAUAUCUACUGGCAUAUACUAUGGAUGGGCUUGUGUUGGAAGUGGAGAUGUGCAUAAAAUGGUUUUGAGUAUAGGUUGGAAUCCAUAUUACAAGAAUGUUAAGAAAUCAGUGGAAACACACAUCAUUCACACUUUCAAAGAAGACUUUUAUGGAGAAAUACUCAGCAUAAUCAUUGUCGGUUAUAUAAGACCAGAGCAGAACUUUGAUUCUUUAGAUGCACUUAUAGCUGCUAUUCAACACGAUAUUGAAGAAGCUAAAAAUCUACUAGAUUUGCCAGAACACCAGAAAUUUAAAGAUGACAACUUCUUUCACACAGUAAAUGUUAACAGUAUGACUAAUGGUCAUUAAAUAAUGCUGUUUCUUUAUUUUCACUGUAGUUAUUUAAACUGUAUCGAUCUUAGCAGUUGUCCUUUUUAAUAGAAAAGGUUGCCCUGUUCUUAGGAUUGUUCUUCUGUUAGCAUUAAAUUGAGAUUGUUAAUGAAACAACUCUAAAAGAAACACUAUUAUUUUUGUUUUUUCAAAAAAUGGCAGUGCAACUUGACAAAUAGAAAUGUGCAAUCUGUUAUGUGUAAGUUGUUACUAUCUGUUAUGUGCAAAUCAUCCAAGAGCAGACAAAAGUUUGUUCCCUAAAUGUUUCUAAAUAUUUCUAAUAAUAGUUAUUUAUUGAAUUAAAAAAUGCCCAUGCUGGAUAUUUUUGUAUCGAAAGAUUUCCAAUGGAAAAGUAGAAAUGGUAUCAGUAUUUUUACUGCCUGGAUAGUUGUCCUAGAUGCUUUUAAUUGUUCAUUUGAAACAUUAAUUGGAUCCAUUUGAAGUCCUUUUUAAUCCCUUUAAAAUGGGAUUUAAGCCCUCCGUGACUGAAUUAUGCUAUUGAUUUCAGUGGGAAUAAAGCAUAACUUAAUUUCUUCUAUCUUCAACUGGGAAUUUCUAGAUAUUUUUAGAGCUUAUUUAUUUCACUGUUUUGUAGUACAAUAUAGAAUAAAAAGCUUUGAUCUUAAGAGAGGCAUUUGAACCUGGAACAAACCUUUAUUUUCAUAAAAGCUACUUUGCUUUUGAAGUAACUUUGCUGUUACAAAGAAACUUUUCAUAUGAUUAAAUGCUCCUUUGAUUUGCUUGGAAGAAAAUAUGAGUUUGUGUGUGUCUGUGUGUGUAUAUGUACAUAAAUAUAUAGGUACAUGUACAUGUAUAUAUGUAUGUAUGUGC